GUGGAUGUGCUGCUGUGUCUCUCAGAGGAAAGAUUUCACCUCCUGCAGCAACAAUGAGUCCAGUUCAGGCUUUGAGAGAGUUUAUCAAGCAGCGACUAACUGCUGCUGCUGGAGAAAUAAUCACCGCGUUUCAACAAACUGUCGUCCAGUUCGAGGAGGAGAUUGAUCGACAGGGGAAACUUCUGGAAAUCAACUGGAAACAUCAAGUCAGGUUCCACAGAACAGAGAGUCCACAGCAACACAUGGGUAACCAGAAGACGAGCUCCAGUCUGGAGCAGGAGGAACAUGAAGCUCCACACAUUAAAGAGGAGGAGGAUGUUGUUGAGGCGACUGUUACUGAUGGUGAAGGAGACGAUUCCCACCACUCCGUGAGAGACCUGACCAUCCAGAAACUAACUGCUGCUGCUGAGGAAAUAUUCACCCUGUUUCAACAAACUGUGGUUCAGUACGAGGAGGAGAUCGGUCGUCAACGCAGAAUGCUGGAAAUCAACUGGAAUCCUCAGAUCAGGUUACACAGAACAGAGCUCCAACAGGACCAUGACUGCAGAGAGGAGCAGCUCUUUAAACAGGAAACCAACUACUGUCUAGAACAGGAUGACAAAGAACCGCCACAGAUCAAAGAGGAAGAAGAACCAGAACCUCAACACAUCAAGGAAGAAGAGGAAGAACAAGAACCUCCACAGAUCAAAGAGGAAGAAGAAGAACCAGAACCUCAACACAUCAAGGAAGAAGGGGAAGAACCAGAACCUCAACAGAUCAAACAAGAAGAACCAGAACCUGAACACAUCAAAGAAGGAAAACCAGGACUUCAUCAGUUUAAGGAGGAGCAGGAGGAACCAAAAUCUUCACAGAUUGAGGAACACGAGGAACUCAGUACCAGCCAGAAGAGAGAAGAGUUUAUUCUGAAGUUUGAUUGUGAAACCUUGAAGGUUCCUUCUGUUGAGGAUCAGAGUGACCUGAGUGAACCAGAAGUACCAGAGACUGAGCGGUUCCUCUCUCAGGACUCUGAAGUCCACCAUGAGAAAAGACACAUGGACUCAGAAUCAACUCCAAACGCGAAGCUGAAAAAACUCAAGGUGUUUCAUGGAAACGGUGUGAACAAUUUUGAUGUUUCAGAGAAGCAGGCUGAAUGUGAAAAGCUUCUUUGUGAAGAAACGUGUGAGAAAACUGACCAUGAAAAACAUCAGUUAUGUCCGAAGGUCAGAGUGGUCACUGAUGAGAAGAUACUUUAUGAAACAUGUGGGAAAAGUUUCAGUCAACCGAGUCGUUUGUUGGUCCACAAGAAAAGUCACAGAGGUGAGAAGCCUCAUUUUUGUGAAACAUGUGACAAAAGUUUCCGUUUUCACAGUUAUUUGUUGCGCCACAUGACAGUUCACACAGGUGAGAAGCCUCAUUGUUGUGAAACAUGUGGCAAGAGGUUCAGUGUAUGGCGUGAAUUCAAGAUCCACAAGAGAACUCACACAGGUGAGAAGACUUAUUCUUGUGAAACAUGUGGCAAAAGUUUUGGCCGACAGAGUAAUUUGUUGCGCCACGUGAGAACUCACACAGGUGAGAAGCCAUAGUGUUGUGAAACAUGUGGCAAAAGAUUCAAUCAAGAGUGUGUUUUGUUGCGCCACGUGAGAACUCACACAGGUGAGAAGCCAUAUUGUUGUGAAACAUGUGGCAAAAGAUUCAAUCGACAGUGUGAUUUGUUGCGCCACGUGAGAACUCACACAGGUGAGAAGACUUAUUCUUGUGAAGCAUGUGGCCAAAGGUUCAAUCAAAAGUGUAAUUUGUUGCGCCACGUGAGAACUCACACUGGUGAGAAGCCAUAUUCUUGUGAAACAUG